AUGCAGAAUCAUCUAGGACAUGAGUACGGUUGCGAUAAAGAAGGCGAUGGUAACAGGGCUAUUGGCACACCAAUUAGCCUUGCGAUGAGCCCAGGAGUGCAUGCCGAGGCUAGCCAUCGCAGCACAGCAGUGGCCGUAUCCAACAGCACCCAUGCUCUGGUACCAAUUUUCACUUCAAGCCGACGCGCAACUCACUGCAGCGGUGUGACAAGUGUCGAGGGCCGGCCCCACAAGCAUCAUUCCAUUGCGGCAGGGGGAGUCCUAAGCACGGACACCCGCCGCAGGGCACCAUCUGAUGUUAUGGGACCUGACGCAGCGCGCUGCCGGCCGUCUCGCUCCAACGGCCCCGCGAGCAGCCACACCACCACCCGGCAACCCCGUCGCGGCGUCCAAUUCACAACGGACGACGGCGACGGCGGCAGAAACAACUCCGACACAGAUGGCGCCGACAGCGACGCCAGUGGCGAUGCCAGCAGCGCUGACGAAGGCCGCUUCUCCCGCGGACCCGGGCCCCGCAAAUCCCACAUCCUGGAGCUCCCAGCGCUUCCCGCCAGCGGCGCCACAAGCGCCGCCGCCAAGGGGCCCACCGCCAGCAGCGCCGGCCCGGCGGGCGUCACCCUGUCCUUCCUAGAAACCCUUCGAACCACCAGCCGCCCGGGAACUACGCUGUGGGACCUGUACUGGUCCCUCGUGCUGCCCGCCACACCAUCUGCCAUCGGGUUGAGCUUCUGGCCCUCCUUCAAUGCACCUGGGGCGCACGACACCUCGGGCGCUAGCCGCAGCCCCAGUCCGGGACCUAGCCCUGGAGCUGGAGCUGGUGGUGGAGGCAACGUAUCCGCUGCCGCGGCUGCCGGUCCGCCCGUCGCGUUGUGGCUUGACUUACUCGCGGUGAACUUUCACCCGCUUGCAUCAUCUGCGGGAACGGCAGCAGCCACGGCGGCGGCAGCAGCUGGCGGCUAUUAUGCAGGGGCAGCUGUAGCUGUGGUUGUGGCUGUGGUUGUGGUUGUGACGAUCGCUAUCGCUACCGUUAUCGCUGUGGCUGUAGCUGGCGCCGGGCUGAGGGAGCCCGCCGUCACGAUGGCGGCCUGGCAUGUACUGCGGGGCCGAGGUUGCGCGCAAGGCGGCGCAACGCUGGCGGUGGCAGCGCCGCCGGAGGUGGACUUGGCGUUGCUGCAGGCCGCCUUCCAAGGGCUCUCUGUGUCCGCAGCUCGGAGGCAGGAUGAAGAUGACGACGGUACGGCGGCGGCGGCGGCAGCAGGAUACGGCGCGGUUCUCCAUAGCGGCGUGGGGUUGGGCGGAGAGCCAUUAUCACCUUCCUCAGCGGCAGCUGCAGUAGCUCCUGCUGGCGGCAGCGGCGCGGCCGGUAAUCUCCCGUCGUCUUUCGCCUGCAAUUACGCCUCCCUAGACCGAGUUGCAAUGCGUGCAGUACGUGAAGGCGCCGCCAGCGGCGCCGCUGCAGCGGCAGCAGCGGCCGCGAUCUACGCCGCAGACCCGCUGCCUAGUCGUACCGUACGGGAAGGGCUGAUGGCCGCGGCGACGGCAGCGGCGAACACGCUCCUGUCUCGUCCUGUGGGUAUGAGCUCGGGAAGGCCGUCGUUACAGCUGCAGAUCGCGACGUCGUUGCCGCCAGCGCUGGCGGCGGCGGCGGUGGCGGCGUCUGGGAGCUCGGGGGCAUGCCCGUGCUCCAUGUCUGUGCAGCAGGCAGCGUCGCCGAGGAUGCAGGUGCACGCCGUACUACAGACUAGGUCCUUCAGCGUCAACGCGCUGGAGCCGCAGUCAUCCUUGUCGUACUCACCGUCGCCGCUGUCGGCCUCGCGUCCAUCGCUCCUGUCGUCGCCGUUGAAGUCGGGCCCGUCGGGGGGUGCGAGCUUUCCUGGCGGCACCCGUGCGCUGCAGCUUGCAGGGGAAAGCUGGUCGUCUACGACGGCGGCGGCGCUACUGCCGCCGACUGCUACUGCCGUCGCUGUCUCCUCCUCCGUGGGGCUAGCAUCGGCAGUAGCACAUAGCCUCCCGAGAGACGCGUCGGGCCGCUCGAUGUCCUUCAAUGCGCUGCCUUUGGCUCACAGCAAUGUAGGGUCCAACGACGACGCCAGCGGCAUUUCAGCAGCAGCUACAGGUAACACGGCCUGUGACCUGCAUCUUAAGGCCCUCGACGGCGGCGGAGGCGGAGGCAGCGGCCUAAAUCGUCGGGCUCGCGGGGGCAGUACAUUCAGCGGCGGGUGCGGCGGCGGUGGCGGCGGCGCUGACGUAGCGCGCAGCAGCUGGGCAGCGGCGGCCCUGGCAGCGGCGGCGCCGUACGAAAAUGCUGCGGGCGCUUCCGCUGCCGGUGAGGCGCCAGCGGCGCCUCGGCGGCCCCGAAACCUUAUUCCGCCGCUGGAGGUCCCAGUGCCGUCGUUGCCGUCACCGACGGCCCUUCCGCCAGCUCUGUCGCCGGCAUUCGGGGACCACCACGCCGUCGGCGGCGUUAACGGCAGUGGACGCAUGGUUCAGUUGCGCAGCAGCGCUGUUGCGCCCUGGGAGGCUUCCCCGCCACUUCCUACUCUGCCAGUUAGGGCCCCCUCCGGCAUCACGGGGACGGCAGUGGGGAGCGGCGGUCGUAUAACCAGUGGCGGAGGCGCAAGAGCACAUAGCAGCGGCGGGAGCGAUGACGCCGCCGCCGCCGCCGCCGCCACCCCGGCGGUCUCGGUGGCGGCGGCGCCGCCGGUGCUUCAACAGGCGUCGGGCCUUGCGUCCCUAACCCCCCGCGGCUGGAGUUCUUUGGAGAGCCAGGUGCCGUUGUCUCAGCCGCUGCCACGCCUGGCGCCGCUGCUGACGGUCAGCAGUGCGGCGACGCCGCUGGCGGCACUGCCAACAGCGGCGCCGACGGCGCCGCUGGCGCCGCUUACAGCGGCACUGACGUCGACCGCGGCGGUGGCGGCGUCGGCGCCCUUGCCGGCGCCGCUGCCGUACCAGGAUGCCGUGGCGGCUGACGCGGCGGCGGCAGCAGGCCUUAUGGCGACGCCCUUUGGCCGUAUCCGUAGGGGACAUAAUUUGCAGAAGGGCCAUGUAAAUCGUGGAACCACCGUGGCAGUCCGUACCUUCGCUGCUGGCGCCGGAUCAGAUUUGGAUCGAGAUUCAGAUUUUCCGUCGGAUGCCGAAUGCGAGUUGGAUCUGGAUUCGGGUUCCGAAGGACCUGCCACAGUCAUGGAAUCGCUCAGUAGCUUUUUAGGAGGACAAGCCCUCCCCGUCAGAGCUGACUGUGUAGAGAAAGGUCACUCUCCCCCAUCAGAUGCUGGUCAGCAGUCACGCAACGGCGGCAGUUGCGGCGUAGGAGGCGGUGGCAAGGCCUCUCUGGGCAUAUCGCCUAGCGCCGGCGGUGACGGCAGCGGCGCCGCUGCCACUGCCGCUGCUAUCGCCGCCGCCGCCGAACCCAGGCCGCUGCCGCCGGCUCCCGAUUCGCCCGCAUUGUACGGACUCGCGCCGUACAGGCCCCUUGCACCUGACCUCGCUCGCCUGGUCAGCACAGGCCGCCUGCUGGCGGCGUUGGGCCAGUCGGCAACGGCAUUGCGGGUCGUACGGCACGCGCUGGCGGCCGCCAGAUCUUUUCAUGGAUCCAACCACCCCGAUACAGCCCGUUGCGCAGCCGCUCUGGGCUGGCUGCUGAUUCACUGUCAGCAACAGCAAGAACAGCAACAGCAGCAAAAACCCCUGCGUCGCGGCAGCGGAGGCGGAGGCCGGCGAGGACGUUCCCCAUCACGGGCUGUCAGCUCCGUAGCGCCGUCGCCACCGCGUGUAGGCGCCACCGCCGCGUCGCCAGGCCGUAAGUAUCUCGGACUGGCGUCGCCGCCGGUGGCGCCGCUGACGUCAGGGUCUGCGGCGGGCGCUGCUGCGGCAGUCGGGGGCUCGCCGCUGGAGGAGGCUGAGCUAUUGCUCCGCAGUGCUUCCGCAGUAUUGGAGCGUUUCCUGGGGCACAACCAUCCGGAGACGCUGACGGCGCGUCAAGGCCUGGGGACGGUGCUCAUAGCCAUGGGCAGGCACGACGAGGCGAUUCCUCUGCUGCAGCGUGCCGCCACUGGUCGUGAAGCCCGGAGACGGCCACUCAGCGAAAUAGCUGUGGGGUCCGCUAUCGACCUGGCGACAUGUCUGGCGGCAACGGGACGAGACAAAGAGGCGCGGAAGCUGCUCCGGUCCAAAGCACGACGAGUGUAUUGGUGGAUUAGUGCAUGGCAGGGCAGGGCAGUGAUGGUGGUGGUCAUGGUGGUGGUCAUGGUGGUGGUCAUGGUGGUGGUCAUGGUGGUGGUCAUGGUGGUGGUCAUGGUGGUGGUGCUGGUGCUGGUGCUGGUGCUGGUGCUGGUGCUGGUGCUGGUGCUGGUGCUGGUGCUGGUGCUGGUGCUGGUGGCUCAGCUUGUACGGCUCCAGGAGGAUGAAGACGAGGCAGCGGCAGUGGUUGCCGCGGCGGCGAUGGCGGCGGCAGGUGGUGGCGGCGGCGGCGGUUGGGCCGCCACCUCCGCCAGUGCUACUGCCAGCAUCGGCAGCGCCGCCUCCUCCACGUCGGUCCCCACGGGCGCCGGCAGCAGCACCAGUACCACCACCGCCAGUGGCAACACCGGCGGCGGCGGCGGCGGCGGCGCCACCGCGAUGUCGUCGUUACUGUCCUCCUCAGCGUCGCUAUUCUCAGGCAGUCGUCCACAGUACGGAAAUGGCGGCGGCGGCGCCGAUGGCAGCGGAUCAGGCUGCGGCUCGCCUGUUGUCGCAACAAAUGGGACUGUCGUACACACAUCCUCCUUGUCAUCGACAUCGACACCGGCAGCGGCAGCGGCACCACAGCAACCGCACAGCAGUCUAAACCAGCCCAGUCCGCAGCCGCCGAUGCCGCGGGGGAUGACGCCGAGGAAGCGUGAGGAGCUCAAGGCCCGGUGUGCGCACCAGCUGGCUCAGCUCAAGGCGGCGUGUGGCAAGGCGCAUGCCGCGAGGAUAUUGUACCGCAGUGCCGUACAACGCUAUGCAACUGUGUACGGCAGCGGACACCCCAUCACCGCGGGCUGCAUGCUGAGCUUGGCGGCGCUCAACCAAAGUUUACGGGAGUACGGCGAAGCGCUAGAGCUGUACCGCACCGUACUGGAACUCUACGUGGAGAUGUACGGGCCGCACCACCCGGCGACUUCGCGGGUCAGCAAUCGGCUGGGAGAUCUAGAGGAGAUGAUUGAGGAAGCUACGGAGGCGGGGGAGCCGGAGUCUAUGUAG